AUGUCCAACCUUAUUGCCACCAAGCGUGUCGACCUUCUCGCGCCUUACCUCGCCCUUGACCAGGGAGAACGUAUCCAGGCCGAGUACAUCUGGAUCGACGGCGAUGGAGGUCUCCGAUGUAAGACCGCCACUGUCGACAAGCCUCCUGCGUCCGUCGCGGACCUCAAGGAGUGGAACUUUGACGGUUCCUCUACCAACCAGGCCCCCGGAGAGCAGUCCGACGUCUUCCUCCGUCCCGUCGCCAUCUUCAAGGACCCCUUCCGAGGUGGCAAUAACAUUCUCGUUCUUUGCGAGUGUUACGACCACGAUGGCUCCCCCAACAAGUCCAACUACCGUGCCCACUGCAAGAAGGUGAUGGACGCCGCCAAGUCUACUGAGCCCUGGUUCGGUCUCGAGCAAGAGUACACCCUCUUUGACGCCGAUGGGCAGAUCUUUGGCUGGCCCAAGAACGGUUUCCCCGGUCCCCAGGGUCCCUACUACUGUGGUGUCGGUGCCGGUAAGGUGUUUGCCCGUGACUUUAUCGAGGCCCACUACCGAGCUUGUCUUUACGCUGGUGUCAACAUCUCUGGUAUCAACGCCGAGGUUAUGCCUUCCCAGUGGGAGUUCCAAGUCGGCCCCUGUACCGGUAUUGAGAUGGGUGACCACCUCUGGAUGGCCCGAUUCCUCCUUCUUAGGAUCGGCGAGGAGUGGGGGAUUACUCCUUCCCUCCACCCCAAGCCCAUCAAGGGUGACUGGAACGGUGCUGGUUGUCAUUCCAACUUCUCCACCAAGGACAUGCGAACCCCCGGCAAGGGUAUGGCCGCUAUCGAGGAUGCUAUCAAGAAGCUUGAGAAGAAGCACCUUGAGCACAUUGCCGUUUACGGUGAUGACAACGACCAGAGGUUGACCGGCAAGCACGAGACUGCUUCCAUGACUUCCUUCUCUGCUGGUGUCGCCAACCGAGGUGCUUCUAUCCGAAUCCCCAGGCAUGUUGGUGCCCAGGGCUACGGUUACCUCGAAGAUCGACGACCCGCUUCUAACGUCGACCCUUACCGAGUCACCGCUAUCCUUGUCGAGACUACUCUCCUCAACUAAGCGUCUUCUCGUCCUUGUCUCUAUUAAUCUUCGCUUGCUUCCGUUUUUCCCGUGUUGUUAAUAGCUAGAGAGAGGUUGGUGUAGUCGGUGGAGUGUGGAGGGGUUUCCGCGUUGGUGGUGGAACUUUGUCUCCAUAGAUGAAGUUCACAAAGUUUGACAUGCAUACGGUCUGGAUCUGAUGGAGAUGGAGGUAGUGUCCAGUCAACACUCAAGCGAUAGCACAUUUGCAUAGUUGCCAUCCAAGUGAUGCCAUCGCAGUUUACUCGGAAAGCGAGGCUCGGAAAAUGACCGCGUUGUGUCACAGUUGCUUCUUGAUGCUACAUCGCCCGCAUUCCUUUCUUGAUCAGAUGGAUCACCGGGGGGUCAUAGUAUU